CCAUUUCCAGAGCCUGGGCCACAGCAUUUGAAGGUGACCUCUCCAGCAAAGACAGCAGCCACUGUGUGGAGGACGGUCCAGGCUGUCUCUCCUGUGCCCUCAGUCCCUGACCAUGUCCAAGCACUGGUGGGCUCCUGUGUGGUGAUUCCCUGCUCUUUCACUCCUCGUGCUCCUCACUCUCUCAAGGGGAGGAAGGAGAGGGUGGACGUCCGGCUGAGGUUCAGAGGCGGGGGCCACUUCUUCCCGCUCCGAAGCACUGCUUUUAACAGUGAGGACAGAGAUCAAGUGAGCCGGGAUUUCCAAGGCCGAAUAACCCUCUUUGGGCGACUUGCAGAUGGAGACUGCUCAGUGAAGAUAGAAAGGAUCAGCCAGGAUGACUCACGGAUGUUUGAGAUCGCUCUGAAGAGAGGGGAAGACUUACUCUGGGGGAAGCCAAGGAGCUUCAAUCUGGAUGUUGUGGACACCCCUGAGGCUCCGGUCAUCAGUGGUGUGUUGUCUGCCACUGAGGGACAGCUGGUCACCCUGAACUGCACCGUCAACUAUCACUGCCCCUCCAGACCUCCGGCCCUGCAGUGGAGAUUGGAGAGAGGAGCCCAGCUGAACAGCUCCGAGCCUGGGGAGGUCCAGACACUCCACCCAGAGCCCCACAGGCCGAUGUUACUGGCCUCUCUGUCCUUCACUGUGUCACACCAGGUGAAACCCCGGCUCAGAUGUGAAGUCAGCCACCCAGGAGUCAAAACACUGGCCAUUUCAAAGGACCUGCAUGUAACAUUUUCACCAAAAGAUGUAAAGAUUCAGGUCCAGUCCCUGAUGGUGCAGGAGGGGGGUAGCGCCUUGUUGGUCUGCUCAUGUAAAGCUGACCCCCCAGUGUCUGAGUACCGCUGGUCCUACAGUCAGCACGGCCGCACGGUGCACCUCGACCAGCGCACACACACAGUCCGGGUGGUCAACGUGACACGAGACAUGAGGGUCCGCUGCUCAGCACAGAACCUGAUUGGUCGAGGAGAGUCGAGGCCCACGCCACUGAACAUACAAUAUAAACCGCUCAUCCUCCGGCUCUCCUCCACCUGUGUUGUGGAGGAUUCUGAGUUACUGUGUAGCUGUUCAGUCAAUUCCAACCCCAAACCAGCAGUCACCUGGAGCGUGAAUGGUACCGUUCCACCUCACGAUUACAACGUGUCGGUAACAUCAGAGCGUGACACGCUAACAGCCACUCUGAGGGGCCACAUGGACAAACCUCAGACUGUGAUCUGCUUUGCUCUCAACGCACUGGGAAAUGACUCCCUGAUGCUGCUGCAGGGAGGUGAAGAGACAGUACCUUUGUUAUGGUUGGUGACUCCUGCAGCGUCCAUUUGCCUGCUCAUAUUCCUUCUGUGUCUUUCUCUCUACUGCCGCAGAAAGAGAGCUGGAAAAAAUGUCCUGAGUCGACGCCCAGCUGUGUACCCUGAAGGAUUGGGGAUUUAUCAGGAUCAGAUGCCCCUUUACAUUAACUGCACGGAAGUGACUCAUAUCUACACCAACGGCAGCUACCAACUUGUAUACCAGAACUGCACACCUCUUUUUGUCCACACUAAGCAGAUUCGUCCAAUGGGCAGAAGAGGUGGGGAGAGAAGGAGAGGGGGAGAAGGUGGUGGAACAGACAGACAAGUGGGUUUGGGGCUGAGAGGCACAAGAGAGGUGCAGGGUACCGCUGUGGCUGACGCAGAGACGGCCAUCUACUUGGAGAUCCUCUGAGCUCACUGUGAUGUCACAUGAUUCACCUGCUACAUUAAACUCACAUUAGACUUCAGAUUCAUUCUGACACUGAUGGUAAUACAUCCUUUAUGUAACACUCAGUUAUUUGUAUAUAUUGUUAAUCCACAUCUACUAUAUAUCUCACCAGCAUUUCACAACUAUGCACUGUGUGAUCUUUUGACGAGCUAGUGGUGGUCUAUCUCUCUUUUAAUCUCCGUAUUGAACUCUUUGAGUGUUUGCCUGUGGUCUGCCUUUGUGCUAUCUCUUUUUAAAUAUGAAAGAUGAAAGGGUUUGAUAAAAGAGCUUUUUUUCAAUCAGUCUUGUGUACUUUUGCACACAAGCACUUCAAAUUUGAGUUGGUCUUACCACCUGCUGCUUCAGAUGCAUUUGUAACAGCAGCUGCAGCAUGUUAACACAAAGCGAUCCUCAGGUGGUGUUUUUAAGUUCAAUUUAAUUAAAUUGUUACAUGAAAUCCUACUAGGUACAACUCCAGUGAAAUCAAAUUCUGUCUGCUCCUCCAACUUGUGCUUUGCAAUGUUGUCCCUUUUUUCCCUUUGAAGGAAGAAAGACUGCAGCUCAACCUGUCACACAAUCUGCAACAUUUAUUAAAUACAUAAAGAGUGUAUCACAGUGCUCACGCUCAUUGCAGGAAGAGCACAUAUGUAAUUAAUAACACUAAUAAUGGCGUUGUUCUAUUAAGCAUCCCAGUAAGUUUUGCCAGUGUCAAGGAAGCACAAUAAGGCCCUAAAACUGUAACACCUAAAGGUGGCCGACUUUUUAUUACUUUUUCGCACCAUUUUUUAUAGAACAGCCAUUUACUGUAAGUGCAAAAUUUCAACAGUAAGAUCCAGUUAGAACAGUCAACAUUAGAAAGAGGAAACUGGACUUUUGGUUGAAGUCUUUUUUUUCCACACAUCAGUCCACAUAAAGCAAAAUUUAUGAAUAUUUUACAACUUCUUUAUAACUUUUCAUUUGGUUAAUUGUGCAGUUUUUUGUACUUAUAUUAUACUCCUGUAAUUACAUUUUGAAUUUAAUUUAUAAUGUAUCUUUCCUUAUUUAGUUUUUAUCUUGUUUGUGUCUUUAUCUAGUUUGGUCUGGAAGUUUCUCCUGGGGAUCAGCACAGUGUUAUCUGGUUGCUAGACCUAAAAAACUAGGAAACAAGGACCGCCACUGUUAAAUUUACACAGUUGCCGUUAAAUCAGGAAUGUGAGAACUUGAACUGUAAUUAAUGAUGAUUACAUCUGUAAUUUUACUGUUAUAAGAUUUCAAAAUGUGUGCUAUGAAAAAUGGUCUAUUAAAAUGUUUCUAAGGGACUAUACUUUAUAUAUCAGA